AUAUUUCUAUAAUAAUAUGAGGAGUUUUUUCUCUCUCUUUUCUCUCAUCUCUAUCCUUCAGAGAGAGAGUUUUUUCUCCUAUUUUGAUGUUUUCCGGUUUAAUCCGGCUUUUCUUUUCCAUUUAUUGGACAAUAACUUUCCGGCAGUGUCCAGAUUUAGGAUUUUGCUUUCCGAUUACCAGUUUUCUUUUAGAAAGAGAUGGAGAUACUUGGUUUGAAAGACUUGGUUCUCUUUUCUGCUGGAAUCGAUCGAUUCUUCAUGUUAUAGGAAUAAUUAAUAUCGCUAAUCCUUACUGGAGCGAGUUUCUAUUCUAAUUGAAGUUUUCUUCGGUUUUUCCAGCAAUGAAUCUAAAGAUUUCCGAUUUUGGAUUUUCACCUUCUCCUCUUUCUCCGAUCUGUUAUAUUGAAAUUCAGAUGCUUUCUUUUAUCGUUUUUCAAUUCUUCUAUUUGAGUCAAUCUCUACCUCUUGAGAUAGGUUAGAGUUUCUCUUUCAAAUUUUAGAAUUGUGAGUUCGAUCUGUUUGAGAAUUUUGUUAAGGCUUUUUAGCUGUCAAAUCCUUCAAAGUUUUCAUUGGGUCUAUUUUGGCGAUUCAAGGGAGCUUCUAUCAUCUUUUUCGGAGAAAUUCGAGAUGGAGGAGGCUACAAUGGUACAAAAUAAUUGAAAAAUCAGAGUCUUAAGGAGGGAUGAUUUAAACUCGGUCAAAGCCACAGAUGUCUCAGCCACCAAAUAAGAAACAAACCUCAUUAAUCUGCCAUGGGAGAAGAAAGUAGUAAUGCACAAGAUCCCCUUCACCAGUUGAUCAUCUCCAUGAGAGAUGAGAUCAAGGCUUUGAGGCAAGACUUAGGAGAUCGGCUCAGCCGUGUGGAACAAGCACCACAGGUAACUUUACAGCCGACACUCAACCUUGGAGGAGUAGGAACCGGACUCAACACCACUCAGAACACCAGAACUAACCCAAGGCACAAUGGAGUGCACAUCAACGAGCCUCUCAAUGCAGCCUUGACCGAAGAUGAUUCUUCCCAAGAUGAAGAACCAAACCCUAGAUGUCAAAGACACCGCGGGCAAAGGCGACGUGUGCCACAAGAUGAUUAUGGAGAUGUCGAUGAUGAAGAGUAUACACCUUACUCUAGAAAGAACAAGAACCACAUCAAGCUGACCACACCAAACUUUGCUGGAAAAGUUGAUCUGGAGGCUUAUCUAGAUUGGGAGAAGAGGAUGGAUCACAUCUUCGACUAUUACAAUCACCCUGGUCCAAAGAGAGUAGCACUAGUAAUGGCUCAGCUCACCGACGGUGCACUUACAUGGUGGGACAGAGAAGUAUCAGACCGAAAGAGAAGCCACUUGAGAGCUAUUGAUAUAUGGGUCGACAUGAAAGACCUAAUGAGGCAAAGGUUUGUCCCUCCUCAUUUUUACCGAGACUUACAGCGUCGUUUUCGAACUCUUAAACAGGGAACCAGGACCGUAGAAGAAUACUAUGAGGAGUUUGAGCGCUUGAGGAACCGAUUGGAGCUCAAUGAUGAUGAAGAAGCUCUAAUGGCGCAAUUCCUUGAUGGCUUACAAGAGAGGAUCAGCCGCAAAGUGGAGAGACAGGUAUAUCAAAACUUCAAAGAUCUUUUCCAUUUGUCUAUACAGGCAGAACAACACAUCAAGAAGAAGAUCACCAACACCAGAAGCAAGCCACAAACCACUUGGAACUCAAACUUCAACAAACCACUCGACAAAGGCAAAGGUGUGGAAAUUGAUUCACGAUUCAAAGGCAAGGCAGUUGAAACAAGCAAAGACACCAGACCAGAGGCAGUUAAGACUAAUAACCCUCAGCGUGCAAGAGAUAUUACUUGUUUCAAAUGCAGGGGAAGAGGUCACAUGUCUCGUGAAUGCCCAAACAAUCGAGUGAUGCUCAUGACCGAGGCUGGAGACUAUGAGUCAUAUGAUGAAGCUGAUGUUCAAGAAGAUCAAGAUGAUGAGUAUGGUGACAUAGCUUACCCAGACACAGGAGAGUUCCUUGUCACUAGACGUGUACUAAGUGUAAUGGUGGAACCAGCCGAGGCCAUACAAAGAGAGAACAUCUUUCACAGCCGUUGCACUAUAAAAGGAAAGGUAUGUAACCUAAUUAUUGAUGGUGGGUCUUGUACUAAUGUUGCAAGUGCUCACAUGGUUGAUAAGCUAGGCCUUGAGAGAACUAAACAUCCACGGCCCUAUAUGCUGAGAUGGCUCGAUGAUAAGGUAGAGCUUAAGAUUACUGAUCAAGUCACCAUUCCAUUUAGCAUAGGAAAAUAUCAAGAUCAAGUUUUAUGCGAUGUAGUUCCUAUGCAAGCUGGUCAUUUAUUGUUAGGUAGGCCAUGGCAAUUUGAUAGAGAAACUAAGUAUGUAUACUCUUAUGCAUAACAAAAGAAAAGUUAGUUUAGCACCUCAUACACCAUCACAAGUGCAUGAACUACAAA